AUGGCGCCUGAAAGAACAAAUGGUAUUAAUGGGCCUCAAUUAAAAAAUGUACCUAACAACGUAACCAGGUAUGAGUUUUACAUAAAAAUCGAUUUAAACUAGUACUUACAACAUAAUAUUUAAUAAUUUAUGAUAAAUAAUCGAGUAAGUUAUGUGUUGAUAAGACACAGGUAUCUUAUUCAAAAGAAAUAAUAAAAAUCAUUUUUUAUCUCAAAUCAUGAAAAAUUCAUAAAAUAGCAUUCUUAUUCCUUACAUUUUAUUCUAAUCUAUAAUUUAAAAAUAAUUUGUAAUUAAAUAAUAUUAAAAAAUUUAACAAAUACUUUUCUUUAUUUGAUAUCAUAUGAUUUAAUAUCAUAUAGUAUUAUCACUUUAAGUAAAACAAUUUUAUUGCAGUUUACCAAGUGGAUCAUCACUGUUUCCUUCUUCAAGUCUUCAACCAGGAAAUCCUCCACCAAUACCUCCGCGUCAACCAGUUCAAAAUUAUUCUGGAUUUAGUGAUCAUAGGCUAUUUGGAUCUAAUUAUGGUGGAUUUGGAGGAUAUGGUAGUCAAUAUAGAGGAUUUAGUGGAUACGGGGGAUAUAAUUCAUAUAGUCCCUAUUCUACUUAUAAUAAUAAUUAUGGAAUGUUUGGUGGACACAGUGGUGAUGCUGAAAAUAGAUUUUCCCAAUAUGUUGAGGAAAACACUAGAUCAACUUUUCAGUCAUUUGAAGCAGUCCUUCACACAUUUUCAUCCAUGACAAUGCUGUUGGAAUCUACAUACUUUGCUUUAACGAAUUCAUUUAGAGCAAUUUUAAAUGUCGCGGAAAGUAUUGGAAAAUUACGCUCUAUUUUAAAUCAGUUAUUUAGUACUUUUGCUUUGAUUAGAUUUUUAAAAUGGUUAUACAGGAAAAUUGUACACACUACUGGUUACCAAAAUCAAGAUUUAGUAAAUGAAGAAUUAUGGGAUAAAUCAUUAGCAAAAGUUGGAAAUGAAAAUGUACAUAAUUCUUCUUUUUGGUCUGGAUUUUUAAUGUUUAGUGUACUUUUUGUAAUACCUUAUAUAAUUCAUAAAAUUUCAAACAAUAUUAGAAACAUGCAAGUAAAAGGAAAAGAUCCAAAAGAAUGGCAAAAGAUUGAGGAACCUUCAUAUAUUGCAAUAGUGUUAUAUGAUUUUGUUGCAACUAAUAAUGAUGAACUUAGUGUAAAAGCUGGUCAGACAGUUUAUCUUGCACCGAAGUCUCUACAACCAAAAAAUUUACCAGGAUGGUGCAAAGCUACCAAUAAUGUAAAUGUUGGUCUCAUUCCUAGCAAUUAUAUUAAACUUAUAGGACAAUUGAAAAAAGUGAAAAAAAAUGAAACAACCAUUGUAAAUGAAGAAAAGUCUUCUGAAAGUGAACAUUCUACUGAUAAUGAUAAGAAAGAUAUAGAGCCUAUAAGAAAUGAUAGAACUGUUGAAAAUGAAAUAUGA